AUGAAUCAGGAUGCAUCAUCAGGAUCCCGCCAAAGUCCGAGUGGUACCAUGCACAGCUCCGACUCCGGUAGCCAGUCGAAGCCCGCUUCAAAACGCGCUUCCAGAGCCGGGACGCGUAGUGUCUCUACCCUUUCGGCUGCGCAACUGGAGAGAAAACGUGCAAACGACAGAGAAGCACAGAGAGCCAUUCGCCAAAGAACAAAGGAUCAUAUCGAGAACCUCGAACGACGAAUCAGCGAACUGACUGGCACUCAAGAAGCCAGAGAAAAGUUAUACCUGACUACCCAGCAAAGAAACAGAGAGCUUGAGGAAGAGAACGCCUACCUCCGAAGCAGACUCUCGGGCGAGACUUUCACAAUCAACGUGAACGAGAACGAUGACAAAGCACCACCACAGUACAGCGUCUCAGCACCUGAGUCUUCACCUCAAACUCACCUGAGCGCGGGCGUGAACAUUCCCAGACCUUCUUCCUCGGCGACGAGUAGGAGUAUCCCUCAACCGACGGAAGCCUGGAGACAGCACAACCAGUACAGUCCUGGAAGCGCACCGUCCUCGGCACCUUUCAUGUCCGAGGGCACGCAGCAUCCUGCUGGUCAGAAUGCUGCCUCUUGGAGAGCUCAGGACGUUACCUCUGCAUCCUCGUAUGGUUACCAAGUCCGCCAAAGUGACCGACCAACAAACUAUCCUUCUCCAGCACAUCAGAUGAAUUACCCUGGCCACUCGCAAGCCGCUCAGUUCCAACAGGCCAUCACUGCUCAGGCACCAGCGCAAUCCUCCGUAACGCCUGCCUUCCACAACGGUGCUAUUGGUGCCCAUCCCGACUUCCAAAGCAUGCCUCAAUACGCUGCCUCUACGAAUCCUACCUACCAUGAUCAGCAAGCUCACGGUGGCUUCGUUCAUAGCGCUCAGCCCGUAUCGUCAGCCGCCUCGGACUUCCAUGGUGCACCUCGCAGCUUGGCUCCUCCUGCUUACAACCCCAACACCGGUUCUACUCAUUUCAUGCCUGGGCAACCGACACAAGCACACAACCAACCCAUGGGAUACCGUGAGGGCACUUCCCAACACACGUACGGAUACGAUGGUUGA